AUGCCCUCCACUAUCGUUGCCUUUCAUUUUCCUUUGAACGACUUCACCUCAAGCCAGGAGCCGGUUCUUCUGUUAAUACCCCCAUUAAUAAUUUAUUGCAACCAUUCUCAUCUCUUGCCCAACUAUUUGACCCUGAAUUACUUGCAUUGGGUCCCUACAAGGAAAUACUCCAGCUCCGCGCCAACCCCACCCCGCAUCGGAGCUGUCAUUCUGCAGACCGCAUUCCUCAACCACACGAAUCGUUGCUGUAAGAUGAGCUCGUACUUCACAUCCUUGACCACCUCUUCGGCCAUCUCUGGCCUGGGCUCACGGCUCACCAACCUUCGCCGUGCCAUUACCCUAGGCGACGAGGGAGACGACCCCGACAAUGAAGACUGCUCCCACAUCUCCAACGCCCUUCGAGCCUACUACACCGAAAAGGGCCGUCCAUUCCCACCAUGGCUCCCACAAGACCCCAAGGGUCCGGCCCCGACUCCGGCACAGUCCCGCCCGAUUGCGACUUCCCAGCUACCCUCCGGCGGCUACAACCAAGGGCCGCCCGCCAACCCCAACUCCGGCCGGAGCGGCGGUUUAGGUGACCUAUGGGGUGAUUCUCCCACAUCCCAAUCCUCGGUCCCACAGACAGCCAGUCUCCGUCGUGGACGUGGUGGCACGGCACCACCACUUGCCUCGGCCAACAGCGCGCCGCCGGGUUCGGUCUCUCAGUCUCGUUCGCCUGCUGGAUCAGGCACCUCCAGUCCAUCCGGAGCGCGACCAUUGCCCAGCCAGCGAGCUGGGUCACAUCAGUCUUCCCAGAGUCGUCCGAAUCUCGAUCGUGCUGGGUCGGGUGGUGGUUCAGCCCAGGAGCGGCUGCGGGCCAGAUUACAGGGAGGAAGGUCUCCUAGUCCCAAUGUUGACCCCAGUGUUCGGAAGCCUGUUGGGGUGUCUGGCAGACGGUGA